GCGCAUAGUUGUUCCACGUGUUGAGUUCAAUACAGAGUUCAGCAAAUUAUUCCAAUUUUAAGAUAUUUAUUUUUUGGACGAUUAACAUAAAUAUUCAAUGGCAGUGAACGUGUAACAUGUUAUAAUGUAGAUAGUAUGCCAUAUUAUCCUAUAGAUAAUGUUGUAUUCUUCGAAACGUAAGAAAGCGCGUCAUCCUAAGGAUGAUGCGCAACAUAUAUGGAAUUCUACGAAUCCUGUAAAUACUAUAUUUAUAUAUAGUCAGGAUAGUCAACACUUACCUCCUUUUUUUGAUGUGACACGAUCAGUAAAAACUGAUCAUAAGAUAGGAUAUACAUUUCGCUAUUGCAGCUAUUGUUCGGACGGGCGUUUGUCGGGAGAGUGCUUUUGUCUUCGUGAGGCGUUCCAUCACAAGUUAGAUAUAACAUUGAAUUUUGAUGUAGAUUAUUUACCAGUAAAAGUGAUAGAAUUCUUAAUUACGUCUAACGACAAGGCUGAGGCUUUGCUCGAGAAUUCUAAUGAUGCACUUAAGGAUUGGACAAUUAUUGAUCUAUUGCGCAACUUGACAAAGGAUUUACCAUUUCUACGACUUAACACUACCAUGAAGGCUUAUCUUUUUGGAUCCAGGAUUUCAGAUUUAGGUUUCCUCGAUAGCGAUUUUGAUAUUUCCAUUGAUUACGAUUCAGAUUCAGAUUCAGAAAAUGAGCAUGAAAGAAGAAAUUUAGAACGUCAUGAUUGUCAGCUUCUGAUUAAAGAGAUUGCAUAUUUUCUAUCCCUUAAGAAAGAAACGUGGAAAGUGCGCAAAAUAAUAUUACAUAGUAGAACACCAAUUGUAAAAGUAAAGUAUGUUACUGGACAUAUUUGUGACAUUUCAAUUGCAAAUAAGCUAGCAGUGGAAAAUACAAAAAUAAUUCAGUGCUUUAAUCGUGCUUUUCCAUUGUGCCGAAAAAUGAUUUUAUUUCUUAAACGAUGGUUGCAGUACUGCGGCUUAUCAGGAUCGCAUCUUAUAACAAGCUACGCCUUAACGUGGUGUGCUAUUUUUUAUCUGCAAACUCUAAAAGUGUUUCCCAGCAUCACAAAACUAAUUAAAUUAAGAAAUGAAUCACGGCGAAUUAAUGGUUGGGAAGUUGGUAUAACCUAUAAUUUUCCUAUUAGGAAAAUAAAUUACACUUUUCAAAAACUUUUAUUAGGAUUUUUUAGGUUCUAUGCAAAUUUUAACUUUGAAAAUUACGUGGUCUGUCCAUUGGUGGGUGAACCAAUAGAAAAAAAUACAUUUACCGAUCUAUCAAAUAUAUUGGAAUCUAUCAGUUUAACGCAAGAUAUGCUUCCGUAUAUUAUAUAUAUGCAGAACACAGAAGAGAGGCCUCAAGCUUUUCCCAUAUCGUCGUUAUGUGUGCAAGAUCCAUUCGAUUUGUCACAUAAUCUUACAAAGGCGAUAUCUAAUUGUGAGCUAGAAAAGUUUCAGACUUAUUGCAAUUGUAGUGCAAAAGUGCUAAAAGGAAUCCGACAUAUGAAGAUCCACUCUCCCACAGUCUAUUCGAUCCGGGAUCACAUCAGCUCGUCCCUUAGGCAAACUUAGACAGUCGUCUGGAGGAAAGAGGGUGGGAAAUAUUGAACGAAAGCACAGAGGGUGAUGAGAAAGGGGGUAUACACGUUCAGAGGGGGAAAAGGAAAUACUAUGAUAGACUAUGUAAUAGAAGAUAAGGAUGUGAGAGAAAGGAUAAGAAGGUUACUAAUAGGAGACAAAAUAGACUCAGACUAUCAGCCAAUGCAGAUAUGGAUAAAGAGAAAAAGGCAAAGACAAGGAGGAAGGAGGAGCGGGAGUAGGAGAGAGGAAAAGAUAAGAAGAGGGGUAUGGAAUAAGGGGGAGUGUAACGAGUUUAAAUAAAAGAUGGAAGGGAUAAUUUUAGAUAAACACUUUUAUAUUUGAACUGACUGAACUACUUGGCUGAUUAGAUGUAUUAUUAGUUUCGUUUUAUUAAUAAUUAGU